AUGCCAUCUGAUGGUGAACUUGAUCGAAAUACUAUCUUUGAAAAAUUUGCUUCAAUCAAACGAAUGCAUGAUGAAGUAGGUAGAAAACAAACGGAAGACUAUCAAAAACGUCUACAAAAAUUGAAAGAAGAAGAAGAAGAAACUUCAGAUUGUCAAAAAAAAAAAUCAAUUUUUAUUCUUAGUCGUGAUUUAUUUCUAACAUCGAAAAAUGACAUAAAUCAAUCCGACAUAUUACUUUCACAGCAGCAACAACAACGACAUCAUUCUUCAUCGAAGUCAACAAAUCGAUCUUCAUCUCAUUAUCAUCAUCAAGAUUCAUAUGAUCAUGAAUGGAAUAUUGACGAUGAUUUUCAACCAUUAAAUAUAACUGAUAAUGAAGUACUUGAUGAAUCAAUCUCAAAUCGUUUAACAAAUGAUGAUGAACCAGAUGAUUCAUAUAUAACUGCUUAUCAACAAUUAAUUCAAACUCAACAACAACAAAUGGUGGCUCAACAAGAACAAGAAAAUAUGUUAUCCACGAUAUUUGAAGCAUCUUGUGAAGAUGCCUAA